AAAAACAAAAAAAGAAGACUAUUAAUGGAAAAAAAGAUGAUGCAGCAAAUAAAAAGAGUGAAAAAGCAAUUGGGAGAUAUAAUCAAUGAUGAAGAGGAUAAGACAGCAGAAGUGGAGAAUGAGACAGCAGAAGUGGAGAAUGAGACAGCAGAAGUGGAGAAUAAGUUCAAUAAAGAGGAGAGUGUGAUUGAAAGUAAGAAGAAUGAGACUACAGAUAAAAAUAAUAAAAAAGAAAGUGAAGCUGAAGAUGUAUGA